AUGGAGCACAGCUGCCUAGUAGUCGGCAAGAAGCGGCGGCGGUGGGGAGCAGGAGGAGCCGGGGAAAUGGUGCGGCGAGCGGAGAUCGGAGAGGAGGAAGAGGCAGCGGCGGCGGCGGUGCCCGCCAUUCGAGGGGAGUGGCGCUUUCUUGGGCCGUCACUGCAUGUCGGCCAUCCAUUGACGUGCAGAGAGAACAGCUAUGGACAUUUGGUGGUCAAUACACCAAUGCUGCCUACCAAGUUCCUCUACCUCAAGCACCUAUCCAUUGAUAUGGGAUCAGGAUUGAGCUUUUCCCCGGCCUAUGAUUAUUUCUCUCUGGUUUCUUUCCUUGACGCGUCUCCUUCCUUGGAAACUUUGACCUUGAAUGUAAGGCGAAUGCUGAUAUCUCAGCAUAGUAUGGACCAUGAAUCGGUUUUUGGAGAUUCGUCACAUUUCAGGCAGAUGCCUCGACACUGUCACUCCUGCCUCAAGAGUGUGAAGAUCUCGGGGUUCAGCUCUGCCAAUAGCUUGGUUGAGCUAACAUGUUAUAUUCUCAAUAAUGCGGUGUCACUCGAAUGUCUUACAUUAAAUACUGUAUAUGGUUUUAGGUGUUCUGAUGAAGGUUGUAAAGGAUGCCACCCCAUUAGCAACGGUGUUCUCAAGGAAGCUCCCAGAGCGGCCAUGGCCAUCAGAACAUGCAUCGAGGAUAAGGUUCCCUCUGCAGUUAAGUUGACUGUUCUAGGGCCCUGCAGAGAGUGCCAUGGUAGGACAGAUGGUCGCCAUAAUAAGAUGUAA